UAUUUAUUAUUUUCUUUGUAACUUUUUUUUCCCCGCCAAUUACGAAGCCUCGAUCCAAAUCCCACGCCACACCUAUUCCCCUUUCCCCCACAUCACAUGCUCCCUCCUCCUCUUCCUCCUCCUCCUCCUCCUCCCGUAUUGGAACCCUAACCCUAUUUUUCAUCUCCGCUCCGAUACUCCCGAAGCCGAUCGGAGGCUUCGGUUCUCCGCGCCGUCGAUCCGGUUCGGGGCCCUCCGGUGAUGUAGUUUGCGUCGGAGGAGAUCGCGUCUUCUCGUUCCUCUCGUUCUCGUAGCCCUUGAUCGGCCAUGGAAGGGGUCGGCGCCAGUGUCGACGUGAGCUCGCUCGUGAGCUUGUCUGCGGCCUUCUCCUAUGGAGUUGCAUCCAUGGCCAUGGUUUUUAUUAACAAAGCAGUUCUUAUGCAAUAUGCAUACUCCAUGACUCUUCUCACCUUACAGCAAUUGGCUGCAGCACUCCUUAUACACAUCGCGCGAGUUGCAGGGUAUUCUAAAGGCAAAGGUUUUAACAUGACGACGGCAAAGAAACUUCUUCCUAUCUCAGUGUUUUAUAAUGCAAAUGUGGCGUUUGCACUGGCAAGCCUGAAAGGGGUUAAUAUCCCAAUGUAUAUUGCACUGAAGAGGCUCACACCACUUGCUGUCCUAGUGGCUGGAUAUUUGCGGGGGAAAGGAAAGCCGUCGGCACAAGUAUCGCUUUCAGUUAUUCUGACUGCCACUGGGGUUGUUAUAGCAGCACUUGGUGACUUCUCCUUUGACUUCUUUGGUUACAGCAUGGCUCUUACAUCUGUCUUCUUCCAGACUAUGUAUUUGAUUCUGGUAGAGAAAUCAGGUGCAGAGGACGGUCUUUCGUCGGCCGAGCUGAUGUUUUAUAAUAGCCUGCUGUCUCUUCCGUUUCUGAUGUUUCUCAUAAUAGCAACGGGAGAAUUUCCCCACUCUCUUUCAGUGUUAUUCGACAAGGCGAAUUCUUUGUCGUUCUCGGUGAUUCUUAUUCUGUCACUUGUAAUGGGCAUUGUCCUCAACUUCACCAUGUUUUUGUGCACCAUUGUCAAUUCUGCGUUGACAACUACCAUUGUUGGAGUUCUUAAAGGGGUGGGCUCCACUACCCUCGGCUUUGUCUUGUUGGGAGGCGUGCAAGUUCGCGCCCUCAAUGUGACCGGGCUGGUCAUCAAUACAAUCGGCGGUGUUUGGUACUCGUACGCAAAGUAUCAGCAGAAGAAGAAAAAAGUGCGGAAGGCGGAAUCUGAUGAAGAGAGCCAAGAGGCACGGAAAAUGUAGAAACCAAUUUCGGUACUCACACUCUUUCCCUGUGUUCAGUUUCUAUAUCAUUUCACAACUCGGCUACGUUACUUCGAUUGAGCCACAACACUUUCAAAGGAAAAAAAGCAAUAAAACUGAUGAUCAUCAUAGUCGUAAAAGUAGCCAAUAGCUUUCUAUCUUCGCCAAAUGGAGCCUACUUCAAUUCAUUAUCUAUAAGAAUAAAAAUCAUCAUCUUUGUAUUCUUUCAUACACAUUGCAAGAAUAAUCUGAUUUUUUAUAACUCCUUGUGAACAACAUAUAUAUGGGCUUUUGGGAGAAAAA